AUGUCACGAUGGAUAAGUGUUUUGGUUCGUCAAGAAGUAGUCGGCUACAGCAUCGACGCAGUUCAGUUGUUCGCCACCCCGACAAAACGAAAUGUGAUAUCAAGAGUUCAAGUUUUGAAUUCCGAGCGAAGACAGUGCGACCUUGGACUUGAGACACAAGGCAAGGACACAGACAACAUUGAACUAGAGGCACGAGGCAAUGACGCAGACGACACUGAACAAGAUGCCCAAGGCAAUGACGCAGUCACAGACGACACUGAACUCGAGGCACAAGGUAAGGGCAAAGACAACAUUGAACUAGAGGCACAAGGCAAUUGCAGAAACAACACUGAACUAGAGACACAAGGCAAUGACGCAGAAGACACGCACCUAGAGGCACAAGGCAAUGACGCAAUAGACACGCACCUAGAGGCACAAGGCAAUGACGCAGAAGACACGCACCUAGAGGCACAAGGCAAUUGCACAUACAACACUAAGCUAGAGACACAAGGCAAUGACGCAGAAGACACGCACCUAGAGGCACAAGGCAAAGACACAGACGACACUGAACGAGAGGCACAAGGCAAUGACGCAGGCACAGACGACACUGAACUAGAGGCACAAGGUAAGGGCAAAGACAAUACUAAACUAGAGAUACUAGGCAAAGGCAGCACAGACGACACGUACCUAGAGGCACAAGGCAAUGACGCAGGCGAAACUUAA